AUGUCAAACACUUUUGCAAACAAAUCAAUUGGGAAUGUAUCUAGUGGAGUGACAAGGCUUCACAUAGUUGAUUUUGGUAUUUUGUAUGGCUUUCAAUGGCCCUGCAUUAUCCAGGGUCUCUCUAAUCGCCCUGGUGGGCCUCCAAAGCUUCGUAUUACAGGUAUAGAUUUUCCCCAAUCGGGCUUUCGGCCAGCAGAGAGGGUUGAGGAGACAGGACAUCGCCUAGCAAAUUAUUGCAAGAGAUUCAACAUUCCCUUUGAGUACAAUGCAAUAGCAAAGAAAUGGGAAACUAUCCAACCUGAUGAUAUUAAGAUUGGCAGAGAUGAAAUGCUUAUUGUUAACUGUUUGUACCGGCUAAGGAAUGUGCCUGAUGAAACGGUAAUGUAUAACAGUCCAAGAGAUGCUGUUCUGAAUUUGAUCAGGAGGUUGAACCCUGCUAUGUUCAUGCACGGAGUUGCAAAUGGGAAAUAUAGUGGCCCCUUUUUUGGUCCACGAUUUCGAGAGGCGCUCUUCCAUUUCUCUGCACUGUUUGAUAUGUUUGAGGCAAACUUGCCACGAGAAGAUGAGGACAGAUUACGGUUUGAGAGAGAGGUUUUUGGAAGGGAAGCCAUGAAUGUGGUAGCAUGUGAGGUUACUGAGAGGGUUGAGAGGCCAGAGACAUACAAGCAGUGGCAAGUUCGGAAUCAGAGGGCUGGUUUCAGGCAGCUCCCACUGAAGCAGGACAUCAUGGAGGAGGUAAGAACUAAGAAGCUGCGCUACCACAAGGAUUUUGUGGUAGGUGAAGACGGCAACUGGAUGUUGCAGGGUUGGAAGGGGAGGAUUAUUUAUGCUCUCUCCUGUUGGAAGCCUGAUCAGGACUAA